AUGUCUAGACAAAAGAGGAAUAAUAAUAAUAGGAAUAAUAAUAAUAAUAAUCGUCGACAUUUAAACAUUAAUAAUAUUGAAGAUGAUGAAACAGAUUAUUCUGAUACAGCUUAUUUAUCUACACCAGGAUUCUCUAUAGGUAGUAAUAUAUUAGAUAGUCCAGAUCUCAACGACAUUGUUUCUAUAGGAGGAACACAUUCACCACUAUUAUUAUCAAUGGGUCUCAAAGGCAAUACCAACCAUAACGGGGCUUCAUUUGAAGUAGACCCACAAGAUGACGGCAAGAUUAUCUUUUUAGGGGAAACUCAUACAGCUGAAGGAUACGGCAACUACAAACCUACCACUAAUCUUGGUUAUAUCUUUUGGUUGUUUUGGGUAUGCUUUGCUUUAGCAGGUGUACAAUUUAUUUAUUCAAUUCAAUUUGCAUUGGGAACACCAUUAUUUAAUCAAAAGUUUAAAAUGACACCUUCGACCAUUACCAUUAUUCAAUCUACUGUUGGACCAAUUGCAGGUUUUCUCAUUCAACCAAUUGUUGGUGUCUAUUCUGAUAAUUCAACCAGUCGAUUUGGUCGUCGUAGACCAUACAUCUUUGCAGGUGCUCUUGCAUCGGUCGUUGGUAUGUUGGCUAUUGCCUUUUCGCCAGAUAUUGGUAAGGCGUUGGGUGACAACAUCAGUGGGUUGACACCACACGACUAUAGAGCCGGUAUUGCAUUUGCAGUGAUUGGCUUUUUGAUUAUGAACGUUGCCAUCAACAUGAUGCAAGGUCCAUGUAGAUCACUCAUCUCUGAUUUACUUGAACCCGAGAAACAACACAUUGGCAAUUCAAUGGUCAUGGGUGUCAUGGGUUUCUCUAGUAUCAUUGCCAAUAUCAUUGGUGCUCAACUAUCAACCUAUCCCAACUCUUAUAGAAAUCUUUUCCUCAUUGGUACUGGUUUCACUGCCGCUUCUGUCAUUCCAACUUUACUUGUUGCUAAAGAAAGACCUCAAUCUCCAUCAAGUGUUGAAAAGAUUAAAUCACCAAUUCAAGUAUUUGCAAAGAUUGGAAAGGCAUUUGUUUCAAUGACUAAACCAAUGAUUAUUAUCUUUUUUGUAUUCUUUGUAUCAUGGUUUGGUUUCAGUCCAUACAUGGUUUCCAAUACAAAUUUCUUUGGAUCAAAUGUUGCAUCUGGAGAUGAUUAUAAUCAAGGAUUGAAACUUGGAUUUUACGCAACAGCAGCAUUUUCUGCAACCCAAUUCUUGUUUUCCUUCUUUUUACCACCAUUGAUCAAGCUUCUUGGUGUCAAGUUGAUCUAUUCUUUGACACAGGCAGUUGCAGGUGUUGCUUUGGUAUUGUAUGCCAAAUUUGAUUAUCCAAGUAUUCCAGUUGCCAUUGUUCUCACGUCGGUGGUUGGUGUCAACUUUGCAACCUUUAACUCUAUCCCCUACACACUCAUGCUCGAGCAUACACCAAAGAACGAUGCCGGUCUCUAUAUGGGUGUACUCAACUGCGCAGCUGUCAUUUCACAAACCAUUUCCAUCUAUACUAGUGGUCUUGUUGAAGAGUGGAAGCACCAAAACUCUGCUUGGGCCAUUGCCUAUGGUGGUCUAUUCUCACUUGCUGGUGUAUUUUUAGUUUGGAUUCUUCCAGUCGAUCACAAAAAACAAGAUGAAUUGGAUAUUCAAAGUGAAAACAAACCAUUGUUACGAGAUGAUCAAAUUUAA